AUGGGGGGACGGGGAACAGGGAACAGGGACCGGCCGGGAUGGAGACGGGGCAGGGGUAACUGGUGCCGCCGACAGGACCCGGGAUCAGGGGUCGGCAGCGCCACAGUUUCCAAUCUAAAAGCACUGUGGGCCAGAAACUCUGGUCUCCUCAAUGCCAAGAUCCUCAUCGCUGAAGGAAAGGAAGGAGGAAACAUCACAGUUGGAUGCAUCUUUAAUUUCUCUGGAAAAUGGAAGAUCUUCUGCAAGGGAAAAUGUAUAGAAGGAAAAGUUCUCAUUGUAACACAUGAAGUCACAGCUCAGAGCGGCAGAUACAGCAUUGCAUAUAAAGAAGGAACGUUUCCAGUAUCUCCUACAGUUCUGAAUGUGAGCAUCACAAAGCUGAGGAAGUCUGAUGCAGGGAAGUACAAGUGUGGUUUGCAGAGAACUUUUACACUUUAUCCAUCAAACCAGGAGAUUGAGAUCAGAGUUGAAGACGCUCCAAUCUCUUCAAAGGCAGCCUCGACUCUUCAACCUUUUUCAGCAUCAGUCCCCUCCGCCUCCACACUGACGACACAGAGUUUGAGCUCCGGUCCAGGAGGCUCUACACCUUCAUCCGCCUCCCCACAAGCUCCACUGGUGUAUGUGGGUCUGUGUCUGGCCGUCAUGAUUGGCGUGUUAAUAGCAGCUGUGCUGAUUUUCUGCAGGAAGAGAGCCACUGUACCCAAAGAACCUCCUGUGGAAACUGAGUACGCUAACGACACAGAGGCCAACGGGGUGUGUGAGGAGGUCAGAGAGGAGGACCGACGGAGAGCUUCUCCUCCUGCAGAAGUGUUUCCAGUUUACGCUUCCGUCAAACACACCAAACCAAACCGAGACGACGGCACAGACGAGGACAGCCGGGCCGCUGCGGCCGCUUCUCACAGGACAAUUGAAGAUGCUUCGAAUAAACGAAUCUACUCGAACGUAGAUUGUGCCGACGGGCCAGCCGCCUCGCUCACCAGCGCCCCCUGUGGUGAUGCAGAUACCACAGUCUACUCCGUGCUGCAGGUAGAAGAGCGCUCGUACGGCCGCCACGCCGAAGACACGUCACCUCCCGUGUACUCCAGUGUCUCCUUCCACCAGCCGUAGCUGAGACGCUGUCUCCGUCACAUCCUCCGUCACAUCCUCCGUCAGGGUCCACCAGGGACACAAAGGGGGCUGAAUGAGUAACAUUCACGCCACGAUCUGUGAGAGCUUACGUUAUUUUGAGAUUUGUUUUGUGUGUGAACUGUUAGUUUUACAGUGUGAUUGAAAAUGUGACACCUAACAGCAAUGUUGGGAACAAAGUUGAUAGACUUAGGUUCGAGAAGAUGAGAUAUUUCUCUAAGCUGACAUUUUUUUCCCUCUCUUUUUCUCUCUCUCUCGCUAUAUGUAUAUGUGUAUACAUAUAUAUAUAUAUAAAUAUAAUACUGUAUUUUUUUUAUUUCUAGAAUUGUUUUUAUUUAGGGGAUCUAUUUGACAUGAGAACAAUGGCCUGUGAAAAUAUUACUUUUUAUAUUUGAAUUAUUAAAAUUAUUGAAAUUUAAAUCAUAGCUUAAGGUAGUAUUAAGAUAAUACUAAAACAGUCCACAUGACACUUCUUUCCGGCUGAGGAUGAGUCGAGUGAACACUCAACAGAGCCCAUUUGUGGUAAAGAAAUAUAUAUUACUCAGAAAUAAUAAAAUAAAUUUCCUUUAAUUCCUUUUUCUUGGGAAAAGACCUUUACGUUAUAGAUAUGGGAGGACAUGUCUUCAGGGAUUGUAUUGUAGCAUUUCUUACAACAUGACUUCUGUCACCCUCUUGUCAUUCUUUAUAUCACAUAAAAAAUAAACUG